AUGGUAGCAAAGCCUUCUGAUCUGCGACAGGCCUUGCCGGCUAUCCUGGUCGGCAUUGUUGCUGGUGGUGGAGGUUUCCUGUUCGGAUAUGACUCGGGAGUCAUCAGCGGUCUAUUGCAGAUGGAGCCAUUCAAAGAGGAGUUCGGAUCCUACUACGACUACAACAUUCCCUCCAAUCGUAUCGCAUCGGACAAUCCCGCCAAGCCUGGAUGGGCAUUGUCCACAAGCGACACCUCCCUCGUCGUUUCUCUCCUUUCCCUCGGUACCUUCAUCGGAGCCCUUUCGGCGUCCUACAUCGGUGACUUCAAGGGUCGACGACCAGCUCUGAUGCUCGCCCUGGUCGUCUUCAGUGUGGGAGUGCUGGUGCAGUGCGUCAGCAAGGGUCUGGCGCCCUUUUGCAUUGGGCGUGUGAUUGCCGGUCUGGGUGUUGGUCUCAUCUCGUCUCUGGUGCCGCUAUACCAGUCCGAGACCGCUCCUCGUUGGGUCCGAGGAGCUAUUGUCGCUGCCUACCAAUUCUUCAUCACCAUCGGUCUCUUCGUAGCCAGCCUUGUCGACAAUGCAACGAAGGACAGGGAGGACAACAGCGCCUGGCUCAUUCCCGUCUCUAUGCAGUUCAUCUUUGCCUUUGUCCUCUUCGUCGGUCUGGUCUUCCUGCCCGAGUCACCUCGGUUCAGAGUCAAGCAAGGCCGUGUCGAGGAUGCUGCCCACAUUCUCGCUUACCUCAACGGCAGGCCUGUCGAUGACCCCAUUGUGCGAGCCGAGCUACAGGAGGUCAUUGACCAGCACGAGAUGGAGCUCAAGGAGUCGGCUAGUGGCUGGAGUGAGAUCCUCAGGACUGGCAACGGCAAGACGCUGCAGAGGAUCUCGUCAGGUAUGGUGCUGCAAGCCUUGACACAGCUCACCGGUAUCAACUUCAUCUUCUACUACGGCACUACUUUCUUCCUGUCUACAGGCGCCAAGAACCCCUUCACCUUCUCGGUCAUUGCCAACCUAGUCAAUGUGCUGUCGACUCCUCUGAGUUUCAUCAUCUUCGACAAGGUCGGACGACGACCUUCCUUCUUGGCCGGUGCCAUCGAGAUGAGCAUCUGCCAAUUCUUUGUUGCUGCCAUUGGAACUGCCAGCAAAGUGUCCAACCACACUGCACAGCGGACCUGCGUCGCCUUUGUGAUGCUGUACAUCGUCGGUUUCGCCACGACUUGGGGUCCAGGAGGCUGGAUCUACUGCGCGGAGUCCUACAGUCUAGCCUACAGGUCAAAGGGAAACUCCCUGUCCACUGCUUCGAAUUGGGCUUUCAACUUCGCCAUUGGCUACAUGACACCUUACCUGGUAGACAGUGGACCGGGUAAGGCCGGUCUGGGUCCCAAGAUCUUCUUCAUCUGGGCCGUCUCCUGCCUGGGAUGCACGGCCUUUGCAUGGUUGUGCAUCUACGAGACUAAAGGACUGUCCCUUGAGGAGGUGGACAAUCUCUUCCGACACUCGAAUGCUCGCACAUCGGCAAAGUACAAUGAGCACCUCAAGUCCAUUCGAGGCACUGAUGUGGAGAGCGGUACUCCUCUGGGCGGCGUGGUCACCGAAGCCGAGGAGACCCCCAGCCCAGCUGAGGAGGACAUCAAGGAGUAGAGGGGGCAAGUGGUCAAAUCUACGUGGGCUAGGGGAGUCAUUGCAGUCCUUCAGUAGAGCCUCUUGUGAGCGAACUUGUCGUCUUGUCCACUUGCUUUCUUGCUUCCAUUACUGAGCCAAGCUAAUCGAUCGAUUUUGAUA